CUGCUCGAAGUUUGGGAGGCAUGGGCUACAACCCUGGACACUCGUAGUUCGAAGAAAAACAAACCCCGAAACAAAAAGAAAAGAAGCCGCAUUUUCCGUGAUAUUUUCCAACAAUUUUAGGCCAAAAUUCCAAGCAACCGGCUGUGGCGGCAUGGAGGAGGACUUUGAGCCGCUGGAACCGUCGAUCCGGAACGUGAUCGAACAGACAUCCCUGAAGUGGGUGUUUGUGGGAGGAAAAGGCGGUGUUGGCAAAACGACCUGCUCCUGCAGUUUGGCGGUGCAGCUAUCGCUGAAGCGAGAAUCCGUGCUAAUCAUCUCCACCGAUCCGGCCCACAACAUCUCCGAUGCGUUCGAUCAGAAGUUCACCAAAGUGCCAACGAAGGUGAAUGGGUUCGAUAACCUGUUUGCGAUGGAGAUCGAUCCGAACGUGGGACUGAGCGAACUGCCCGACGAGUACUUCGAGGGAGAUUCCUCUCCGCUGAACGUGGGCAAAGGGGUUCUGCAGGAGGUGAUCAGCACCUUGCCCGGAAUCGACGAAGCCAUGAGCUACGCCGAAGUCAUGAAGUUGGUGAAGGCGAUGAACUUCUCGGUUGUUGUGUUCGAUACGGCCCCGACCGGUCACACGCUGCGACUGCUCUCGUUCCCACAGGUCGUGGAGAAGGGGCUCGGUAAGCUGCUGCGGCUCAAGAUGAAGCUCUCGCCCAUCAUCUCCCAGAUGGGAGCCCUGUUCGGGAUGGCGGACUUUAACGGUGAUACGAUCGCGACGAAACUGGAGGAAAUGUUAAGCAUCAUCCAGCAGGUUAACGAACAGUUUCACAAUCCUCAACAAACGACCUUCGUGUGCGUUUGUAUAGCAGAGUUUCUUUCGCUGUACGAAACGGAACGAUUGGUGCAGGAACUGACCAAAUGUGGCAUCGAUACGCACAACAUCAUCGUGAAUCAGCUGCUGUUCCAGCGGAAGGGUCAGCAACCGUGUACCAUGUGCUCGGCGCGCUGCAAGGUGCAGGCCAAGUAUCUGGACCAGAUUGCCGAUCUGUAUGAGGACUUCCACGUCACCCGGUUACCGCUGCUCGACGAGGAGGUGCGCGGGGUGGAAAAGGUGAAGAAAUUCUCCAAAAAUCUGCUGGUUCCUUACACGCCCGACACCGCAGCGCCAGCAGCACCAGCACCAGCGCCAGCUGAGUGAUGACGAGCCAAGAGAGCGAAGCGUGCACAGAACGCUCUAGGAAUGACGACGGCAACAGACCAGUAUAUAGGGCACGGGGGAACGCAGGGUUAUUAUCCGGGUAUCAGUUCGUAGCGGGCUGCUGCGAAGAAUGGCUUUAUUUACGUGAAAAGGUGAAGUGCACCAGCGACCAGACACGGAGUCCGAUUAGGUAGCAAGGAUCAAGGAGUUCUUUUUUAGUUCAUUUUUGUCGGUUUUUUUAUUUUGUUUCCGCUUCCUUCCUUUCCAUUAUGAAAUACAGAAUCCAAUUUGAUUUGGUUUGCGGUUCAAUCUAGCAA